AUGGUUCACCAUUCUCAAUCGGAGUGGCCGGCUUGGACCUAUUCCGUCGCUGCCGCUGACGACUAUACACAAUAUGCUCAGAUCCCAGAGUAUCCAUUCCUGGCGGAAUCUAUGAAAGCCUACCAGGCACAACAUAACCAUCUUGUUCACAACCAGCAAAUGUCGCGAACAACGGAAUCAAAGCCGCGACUUUCAAAGGAGGAGGUGGAAGUUCUUGAGGCCGAGUUCCAGAAAAACCACAAGCCCAACAGCAGCACAAAGAAGGCCUUGGCCGAGAGCAUGAGGGUUGACCAUGCACGAAUCAAUAACUGGUUUCAAAACAGGCGGGCACGAGAAAAGAAGGAGAACAACAUUCGAGAGUACGAGGCUAGACAACGAGCCGAAAAAGAAAGGACAGGCGGAGAGAUGGGCCUGCAGGGCUCUGAUCGUAAGCGUGACCUAGUUGCUUCUUCUGCUCCCUUUCCCGAGCCGCGACAGGCCUCGCAAGCCAAAGAGCAGUCCCCAGAUGCCCCUUCUCAGCUCUCGACAGCAUCUGGGAGCUCCACCGAUGCUUACGGGACAACACCGCCUGUUACCCCCCAUCUCGGCUCUGCGUCUUCUCUCGUCUUCCACCGUGCGAACACCGAAGAUGAUGCCGUCAAGGUAGAGUCUCCCUCUCCCGCGGCCGUAACCGACAUGUCUUUCGCCAAUGUGUCCGCCUUGGACACGAUGCUCUCUAUCGAAAACACUUCCGACGAGUAUGCCAACGAAUACCAGGAGAUGGAUCUUGAGCGGAUAACAGCCUUCUUGGAUCAGACUGGCAUCCCGAGCAGCCCCAGCAGGCAGCUCAAAUCCCCCUGCCCGGCAGACAUCGCCUCUCGCCGCAACCGUCAAACUCCUCAGCUAUUGUUCAAUGGCCCUCGAAGCUUCUCGGGCGGCCCCAGAACUGGCAUUGAUACCGCUAGACGCUCUGAGCAGGUUGCUUCCAUGCGUCGAGUUGUUUCCACAGGAGCAGGACGAGUUCGCAAGUCGUCUGCCUCUGCUGCCACACCACGCAGCCCCUUUUUCCAAAGAAAUCGCUCACCAAUGGCCCCUGGCUCAGCGGCGCCGCCCACGCCAAACACCCCCGUCGUCACAGAGGCACAAAACGCCAACGGAGGCCUGUUCCCCCUGACUACCAAAUACUCGUCGUCAGCCCUGGUUCAAGAUCCUACAUUGCGCACGCCGCCGACGACACCCGCCUUUUUGGAGAACUUUGUGUUCAAUAACAAUGGUGCCUCCUACACCAUGGGCAACUUUGGCGCAAGAUCAUUUUCCGACGAUCUUGAUGGAUCAAUUCACGGAACGGCAGCGGACUACGAUGCUAGUAUCAAGGCCUGCUCCAGCCAGCCCACAACCCCCAUGUUUCCUUACCAAAUGGGUGCUGGUUACUUCUCCGGCUAUGCAGACAACUCAGACUAUAACUGGUCCUUUUCACCACACAGUGGCGAGUCGGCACCAGAGUUUGCCAUUCCCUAUACCUCAUCUAUGAACAUGCUUUGA